GAUGAAGACGCUCAUGUUAAGUCUCCUCGUCUGCUGACCUUCGCCUCUCAGCUGAAAGCAGGGAAGGGUUUGACCAUCGUAGGGACCGUCAUCCCGGGCAACUUCCUGCACACCUACGGGGAGGCGCUCGCGGCAGAGCAGACGCUGAAGCACCUGAUGGAGAAGGAGCGUGUGAAGGGCUUUGUGCAGUGCAUCGUGGCCCAGAAGCCCCGCGAGGGCAUCAGUCACAUGAUCCAGUCCAGCGGUUUGGGCGGCAUGAAGCACAACACAGUGGUGAUGGGAUGGCCACACGCCUGGAGGCAGAGCGAAGAUCCGCAGAGCUGGAAGACCUUCAUCAACACGGUGCGGGUCACCACCACGGCUCACCUGGCUCUGCUGGUGCUGAAGAACAUCUCUCUAUUCCCCAGUAACAGCGAGGCCUGCACUGAGGGCUUCAUCGACAUCUGGUGGAUCGUCCAUGAUGGAGGAAUGCUGAUGCUGCUGCCCUUCCUGCUGCGCCAGCACAAGGUGUGGCGUAAGUGUGCUCUGCGGAUCUUCACGGUGGCUCAGAUGGAGGAUAACUCCAUCCAGAUGAAGAAGGAUCUGGCAACGUUCCUCUAUCACCUGCGCAUCGACGCUGCGGUGGAAGUGGUGGAGAUGGUAAAACACACUCGCGCGACACACAGACACACACACAUC